AUCCAACUUUGUCCACUCAGAGCCACCAAACGUUCGCGCGUGGAACAAGGACACAUCAACCACUGCUUAAGUAUUUCUGUCUUAAUUAAUUUUAUUGAUUUUUUUUGUUGUUGUUGUUAAAGUAUCAAAGAUUUUUAUUUGAAUUGGACGAUAUUUUAGGGUCACCCCACCACCCCGCUCCAGCAGAAUGUGGGGAACCCACAGGAGCCGGCGCCGGAGCGGCUCCGGAGCCAGCGAGGAGCCGGAGAUCGCGGUGAACAUCGGCGGGCUCAAGCAGGUGUUUUGCCGGGACGUUCUCAAUCGCUUCCCGGACACCCGCCUGGCCCAACUGGUGAACUCAGCGCCCGCCCUCCCCGCGGAGGACAUCUCUUCCCUGUGCGAUGACUACGACCCGGAAAAGGGAGAGUUUUAUUUCGACAGGGAUCCAGACGCGUUCAAGUGCAUCACGGAGCUUUAUUACUACGGGGAGAUCCACGUGAAGCGAGGCAUCUGCCCCGUCUGCUUCAUGAAGGAGAUGGACUUUUGGAAAAUUGACUCGGAUUUCUUGGAUGAGUGCUGCAAGAGUAACUUGCAGGAGGUGGAGGACGAGCUGGAGGAGAUCGCCGAGAAGGUGAGGACUAUCCUGGUGGACCGGGAAGGAGAUCCGAGUGCCAUCGGCUGGCAGCGCUUCCAGACGUACCUGUGGAGGCUCAUGGAGAAGCCCGAGUCCUCCUUGCCGGCGCACAUCAUCGCCAUCCUCUCCUUCGUGUUCAUCCUCGUCUCCUCCGUGGUCAUGUGUGUCAGCACCAUACCGGACCUGCAGGUGGAGGACGAGGAGGGGAACCUCAUGGAGAACCCCACCUUGGAGUGCAUCGAGACGGUGUGCAUCGGCUGGUUCACCGUCGAGUACGUCCUGCGCUUCAUCUCGUCCCCGAACAAAGUCAAGUUCGCGCUGGCCUUCAUGAACGUGGUGGACUUCAUGGCCAUCAUGCCCUUCUUCGUGGUGCUCCUCCUCACCUCGCUGGGCGCGGGCGUGAUGGAGCUGGCCAACGUGCAGCAGGCGGUGCAGGCCUUACGCAUCAUGCGCAUCGCUCGCAUCUUCAAGUUGGCGCGCCACUCGUCGGGACUCCAGACCCUCACGAGUGCCCUGAAGAGCAGCCUGAAGGAGCUGGGCCUGCUCCUCAUGUACAUGGGCGUGGGGGUCUUCCUAUUCUCCGCACUGGGCUACACCAUGGAGCAGAACCACCCGGAGACCUUGUUCACCAGUAUCCCGCAGUCCUUCUGGUGGGCCGUGAUCACCAUGACCACGGUGGGCUACGGCGACGUGUACCCCAAGACCACCUUGGGCCGGUGCAACGCCGCCAUCAGCUUCCUGUGCGGCGUGAUCGCCAUCGCCUUGCCCAUCCAUCCCAUCAUCAACAAUUUUGUCCUGUUCUACAAUAAGCAGCAGGUUCUGGAGACGGCCGCCAAACACGAGAUCGAACUGAUGGCCUUGCGCUUCGACCAGGACGGUGGCCAACACGAACACGUGUGUGGGGCUGGGGACACCCAGGUGGUACUCCUGAAGACCCCCCACAAGGGAUGGGCAACGAACCGGGGCCCCAACACGAACGCCAACUCGGAGAGCAAAGCUGAAACCAAACACUGAACAGUUCCUCACAUGGAUACAAUGGUAAAGCAUGCGGAGAAUGCCGAGGGGGGUUGUUCUCCCAACGGGUCCACCAUCUUGGGACUGCCUGGAAAAAAUUAAGAGACCGCUACAAAAUGAUCAGCUUUUCUAAAAUUGCUGUUUAUUGGAACCAGUGGAAAAUAUAGAAAAAGUGAAAACACACUUGGGUCCAUGCAUGCCAAGUCUGUUAAAAAUACUGAGGUAAAUUCAAACGCCUGACCUCAGACCUGUGAGGCGGAUGCACCAUCCACUCCUUUACCGUGCUGCCUAUGUGAAAUCAAAUGUAUGUAAUAAGAAUUACUUUAAUUUUCAUAUUCAUAAUCAAUUUAAUCAUAAUUAAUCAAGCAAAUAUUUCAUUUAAAAGAGCAGAGUGGUCCUUAUGUGGCCUGCAGGUCAUACUUUGCCCUAAAGGGUUAAAAAAAAAAAAAAAAAAAAAAAAAAAGGCUUAAAACCGGACUGGACUCACAGUUCAGUUUAAAUACUUGACAAUAGACAAUAUUACCCCACAUAAUUACUAAUCAAAUCUCUACUGUGCCUCUGCUUGAACACAACAAUGGCGACGUGAUUGUAAAAAGAAAAUGAUGGUAGGGUCACUCAGAAGCAGUCUUGAAGGCUUUGAAAUGGAUUUGAAAGUGCAUUCAAGUACUGACCCAAUGAGCUGUGCCUUUGUGAUUCUCUUCAAGGCAGGUGGAUUGUGACAUUGGAAUGAAUUGUCACGGAAUAGCUGCAUGUACAAUGGAUAUAAAAGGUCUACAGACCCCUGUUUAAAUGAGAGGUUUUUUUUGGUGAUAUAAAAAAAAUAAAUUAGACCAAGAAAAAUGAUUUCGAAACGUUUUCCACCAUUAGCGUCAGUUAUGCCCUGUGGAACUAAAUUGGAGAAGAAAAAUAAUAAAUCUUUUCCUCACUGAUGGUAGGAUCAUUUCAAGUGCCUCUGAUUAACCCGAAAUAAAGUUCAGAUGUUCUUGUAGGCUUUUCCUGACAUUUUUUGUUAACUUUAUAGCAGAAGCUUGAAAGUUUUGCACGAACGCUGACUGAUAUUUGUUAACUGUUCAUAAUUCCCUCCACCUUGUUGCGAUGCAACCAUGACACAUUUUGCCACGAGCGUUCGGGAGAUUUCAAGUGUUUUUGAAAAAAGAACACUAUACAUACAGUGAAGCAUGGCAUUAAUUCUGAACACGGCAACAUACCCAGUUAUAAGAGGGUGUGCACACUUGUGCAACCACAUUAUUUCAGUUGUUUAUUGUUGCUUCCCCUUUCUAAAAUAUAUAUAUUUUUUUCAAGUUGAGUACAGGUUAUAGUUCACAUUAAUGGCGGAAAACGUUUUGAAAUGAUCUUUGUCUCAUAGUGUAAUAUUACAAAACGCUUGCAUUUGAACAGGUGUGUGUAGUCCUUUUAUAUCCACUGUAUAGUAACAAGCCUUAUAUUUGUGAGCCUUAUUGUUCCUCUCUAUAAAUCAUAAUGUUUCUAUGUUUGUUUUUGUGUCAUAGAGGAAGGUGUGGAGGGGGGGAAAACAUGCACAUGGCCCACAACAUUGUUACAUUAACCAGCCUGUCUUGUAUCUGACAAUGAAUUUAUCAUUGUCCACUUUACAAAGAUUUCCUUUUUUUUUUUUUUUUUUAAAUGGUGUGUUCCCAUUUUGGGCGAUAACUGUAUAAAUGCUGGGCGAAAACGGUAAUUUUUCGAAUAUUCUUUUUUUUCAGUUCACCAUCUUCUCCACGAGUGUACCUAAUAAAGUGUUCAGUGUGUGAACAAAAGUCUGAAGGCCUCCUCGGGGGCGGUGUGUAGUCUAGCACAACCUCACAGCUGUUCACGGUCUUUUUCGGCCGUGGCGUGACUAUGAGGCAUCAGAUAUAAACUCGAUCCAGUGUGCCAGAAUGUUUAAAAAGCCGUGGCCCGCCUUCCCCCCACGGCCACCCUUCCCCCGAUCCCAGUAAAACCGACACUGGGAGUUUACGUGCUCGCUUUGCCUGCAGGACGUGUAACCGUGAGUGCUUUCAACGUUGCAGCAGCUUUGGCCGCCUCCUUCGAGGAUCUCUGAAUUGACUUGUUCAUAAAGUUGCAUGUGUGUGUAACAAUGGCCUCAAAGGAGCAAUAAAAGAGUCAGUUUAAAAAUGUAUAGAGUCUUUAUAUUUGGAGAAAAAACAAACAGAAAUUAAACUAAAGUCUUUUUUUUUUUUGCCUAGUUAGAUUAAGCUGUACACAUGACUCCAGUAAUGUGGGUAGUUAAAUUAUUCAUAAUGUGUCAUACGGUCUUUGGAUAAAUAAAAAGAAGACUUUGAUAUUGCCCUAAUGUGUGCCGCAUUUAAAGGUUAUAUUGAAAUUUGCUACACCACCGGAGCACUAUUUUGGAAAUAGCACAGCAGAUUUAGUUUGCUUUAGUUGCAUACAGGAAUGCUUGGCGUCAAAAUGUUGAUGAUUGAUUUUUGUGAUAUUUGUCCUUGCUGUAAAUGCAUGCGCUGCGGGGCUACUCGAAAGCAAUUACAUGCUGUAUUUAAUCUGCUGGUAACAAAGUCUUUAUAAUGUCGGAGUUGUCAACAUGUGCAGUACAAGUAGACCACAUUGUAAUUGUGAGAGAUGAAUCCCUUUAAAAAAAAAAAACAAGAAAAGAUGAACACUGUUUCAGUCUAUUCUGUCUGUGUUGUGUUGUCAUACUAAAAUGGAUAAAUCAGUUCUGUUUUGUCCUGUAAGAGACCCUAAAAAUAAAGACCAGAUGUUAAAAACAG